AUGCAGCCGGUCGGGGGCGGGGCUCCGAGGCCGGGACUCGGCCACCCGCUCCCCCGCAGCCUCCUCCAGCUCGACCCCGUCGCGCUCCUGAUGCUGCUCGUGGACGCCGACCCGCCGGAGCCCGUGCGCAGCGGGGCGCGCGAGCUCGCGCUCUUCCUGACCCCGGAGCCCGGGGCCGAGGCGAAGGAGGUGGAGGAGACCAUCGAGGGGAUGCUCCUCAGGCUGGAAGAGUUCUGCAGCCUGACUGACAUGAUCAGGAGCGACACUUCACAGAUCUUGGAGGAAAACAUCCCGCUCCUUCAGGCCAAAGUGACAGAAAUGCGUGGCAUCUAUGCCAAAGUGAACCAGCUAGAGGCCUUCGUCAAGAUGGUUGGGCACCACGUCUCCUUCCUGGAGGCCCACGUGCUUCGGGCCGAGCGGGACCACGGGGCCUUCUCGCAGGCUCUGCGGAGAUGGCUGGGCUCCGCCGGGCUUCCCUCCUUCAGGAGCAAGCCGCUGGCGGCCCCGGCCUUCGAGCUGCCCGCGCUGUACCGCACGGAGGACUACUUCCCCCCGGCCACCGGCCCUGCUGCACUGCGGACCCCCCGCCCCCGGCGCGUGUGAGCCUCUGAACCCGGGGGCCUGUCUCAUGCUGUCCCUUCAUGCUGUGAUCCCCUCCCUUGCUGCACGUGGAACCACGGGGUUCGGAGACCCAUCUGGGGCCCGUGCGGUCGGGUCCGAGCAGCCACCGUGGCUCUAGGCCCCUGGUGGCUGCUCGCUGCCACCAGACACACGGCUUCAGGGUCACCUGCAGUGGCUCAUCUGUCUGCGCUCCCCGGUGCCCGCCGGCCUGUGAAUCAUCUCAAUAAAGAUGUCAAGAGGUCA